GGAGCUAUCCAAGCAGUCUCAGUCACAGACGCAUCUCGCUACAGCUGACCCUCCGAUCUACCCUUUCUUUAAAAAAAUCAGAUACUGUUGCUUAACCUAUGGCUCCGAUCGCCGUUGGGGAUACUCUACCAGACGGAACUCUUGCUCAUUUCGAUGAGCAGGAUCAGCUCCAGCAGGUGUCCAUCCACUCACUCGCCGCCGGUAAAAAAGUCGUAAUCGUCGGUGUUCCUGGUGCAUUCACCCCCACUUGCAGCUUGAAGCAUGUGCCGGGCUUUAUCGAGAAGGCAGAGGAGCUGAAAUCGAAGGGAGUCGCAGAAAUUCUGUGCAUUAGCGUUAACGACCCCUUUGUAAUGAAGGCUUGGGCCAAAUCGUACCCUGAAAACAAGCACGUCAAAUUCCUAGCUGAUGGUUCUGCAACAUAUACACAUGCCCUUGGCCUUGAGCUUGAUCUGAGCGACAAAGGACUUGGCACCCGAUCCAGGAGGUUUGCCCUUUUGGUUGAUGAUCUCAAGGUGAAGGCUGCAAAUCUUGAACAAGGUGGAGAAUUCACCGUUUCCAGUGUUGAUGAAAUCCUAAAGGGACUUUAAAUUCCCCCUAGUAGCCCUCUCAGUCCAGUUGCUUGUGUGUCUAAAACUUUUACUCCCGAUGCUAUAUUAUUGUAAUGGAUCCAUGGAGUUGGUGUUUCUUUUUGUGUGGAUCCAAUGUCUUUGUUUGAGAUACCAUAUGAUGAUUAAGGAAAUAAAGGAGUUGCUUUCUUAUUUA